AUGACGAGACGAAGCCCCCAGAGAAGUGCCCAACAGAGUGCCACCGUGCCCAUCCCUAUGCCUGGCUCAGCUUCUGACCUGCUCCCUCACUUCCUGCUGGAGCCUGAGGACGUGUACAUUGUCAAGAACAAGCCUGUGACCCUGGCCUGCAAGGCCAUGCCUGCCACUCAGAUCUACUUCAAGUGCAACGGCGAGUGGGUGCACCAGGGCGACCACCUCAUCCAACGCAGCAAGGACAAAAGCACUGGCCUGCCUCUCAUGGAGGUACGGAUCGACAUUUCACGGCAGCAGGUGGAGAAGAUCUUUGGCUUAGAAGAGUAUUGGUGCCAGUGUGUUGCCUGGAGCUCUUCUGGCACCACCAAGAGCCAGAAGGCUUAUGUGCGCAUUGCUUAUCUGCGAAAGAAUUUUGAGCAAGAGCCAGUGGCCAAAGAAGUCUCUAUUGAGCAAGGAAUCGUGCUGCCUUGCCGUCCCCCAGAGGGAAUCCCACCAGCUGAAGUUGAGUGGCUGCGCAACGAAGAGCUCGUGGAUCCAACUGUGGACUCCAAUUUCUAUGUCACGCUGGAGCACAGCCUGGUGGUGAAGCAGGCCCGUCUGGCUGACACGGGCAACUAUACCUGCGUGGCCAAGAACAUUGUGGCCCGCCGCCGCAGCUCGCCUGCCACUGUCACUGUCUACGUGAAUGGUGGCUGGUCGACGUGGACGGACUGGUCAGCCUGUAGCACCAGCUGUGGACGGGGCUGGCAGAAGCGGAGCCGGAGCUGCACCAACCCGACGCCACUCAACGGGGGGGCCUUCUGUGAGGGCCAGAAUGUGCAGAAAAGUUCCUGCGCCACCCUGUGCCCAGUGCCUGGCGGCUGGUCAGCCUGGAGCAUGUGGUCGGUGUGUGGCACGGACUGUACACAGUGGCGCAGCCGUGAGUGCUCAGAUCCGCUACCCCGGAAUGGUGGGGAGGAGUGCCAGGGCCCCGAACUGGAGACCCGCAACUGCACCAGCGAGCUGUGCAGUCACGGAACGGGUGGCUCGGAAGACGUGGCGCUAUAUGUGGGCCUGAUCGCUGUGGCCGUCUGCUUGGUGCUGCUUCUCUUGGUGGUCACCCUCGUCUAUUGCCGCAAGAAGGAAGGGCUGGAUUCGGACGUGGCCGACUCCUCUAUUCUCACUGCUGGCUUCCAGCCAGUCAGCAUCAAGCCCACCAAAGCAGAUAACUCCCACUUACUCACUAUCCAGCCUGAUCUGAGCACCACCACCAUGACCUACCAGGGCUCGCUUUGCUCACGCCAGGAAGGACCCAGCAAGUUCCAAAUUGGCAACGGGCACCUGCUGAGCCCGCUGGGCAGUGGCCGCCACACUCUGCACCACAGUUCCCCCAGUGCUGAUCCUGUGGACUUUGUCUCACGAUUCUCUACCCAGAGUUUCUUCCGCUCCUUGCCCAGAGGGGGUGCCAACAUGGCAUAUGGAACCUUCAACUUCCUGGGCGGACGUUUGAUGAUACCCAACACAGGUGUCAGCUUGCUCAUCCCACCUGAUGCCAUUCCGCGAGGGAAGAUCUAUGAAAUCUACCUGACACUGCAUAAGCAGGAGGAUGUGAGGCUGCCCUUGGCUGGCUGCCAGACUCUGCUGAGUCCCAUUGUCAGCUGUGGCCCUCCAGGGGUGCUGCUCACCAGGCCUGUCAUCCUGGCCAUGGACCACUGUGUGGAGCCAAACCCCGAAACCUGGAGUCUCCGACUCAAGAAGCAGUCUUGUGAGGGCACUUGGGAGGAUGUGCUGCACCUGGGUGAGCCGGCCCCCUCAGAACUCUACCACUGCCAGCUGGAACCCCAGUCUUGCUACAUCUUCACUGAGCAGCUGGGCCGUUUUGCUCUGGUGGGGGAGUCGCUCAGCAUGGCUGCUUCCAAGCGCCUCAAACUGGUUCUCUUUGCACCGGCAACUUGUACAGGGUUGGAAUAUGACGUCCGUGUGUAUUGCCUCAGUGACACCCGCGAUGCACUCAAGGAAGUGGUGCAAGUAGAGAAGCAGAUGGGAGGCCAGCUGAUUGGUGCACCACGGAUCCUACACUUCAAAGACAGUUACCACAACCUGCGCCUCUCCAUUCAUGAUGUGCCCAGCUCACUGUGGAAGAGCAAGCUCCUUGUCAGCUAUCAGGAGAUUCCCUUCUACCACCUCUGGAGCGGGCUGCAGCCCUACCUGCACUGCACCUUCACGUUGGAGCGACUCAGCACAAGCACUUGCCAGCUGGCCUGCAAAAUCUGGAUCUGGCAGGUGGAGGGUGAUGGGCAGAGCUUCAAUAUUGACUUCAACAUAGCCAAGGAUGCACGCUUCUCAGACUGGCUGCCCCCAGACAACGAGGCUGGUUCCCCUGCCCUGGUGGGCCCCAGUGCCUUUAAGAUCCCCUUCCUUAUCCGCCAGAAGAUCAUAAGCAGCCUGGAUGCACCAGGGACCCGUGGAGCUGACUGGAGAGCAUUAGCCCAAAAGCUACACCUUGACAGCCAUCUCAGCUUCUUUGCUUCAAAACCCAGCCCAACGGCCAUGAUCUUGAACUUAUGGGAGGCACGCCACUUCCCCAACGGGAACCUCAACCAGCUGGCUGCUGCUGUGGCUGAGGUGGGCAAGCAGGACAGCUCUCUCUUCAUGGUUUCCGAGGCUGAGUGCUAA